AUGAGACCAAUUAGUUUGAGUAACUUUAGUAACAAAAUUUUUUCAAGGCUAAUUCAUAAAAUAUUGAUAGGGAGUUUGACUGAUAUAGUUUCUCUUAAUCAGGCUGGUUUUGUAAAAGGGAGAAGCAUAAUGGAGAAUGUUCUCCUUACUCAAGAGAUUGUAUCAGACAUCAGGCUUAGAACUAAAUAUGCUAAUGUUGUCAUGAAACUGGAUAUGGCAAAGGCUUAUGAUCGAGUUUCAUGGAUUUUUCUAAUGAAGGUUCUAAGAAAGAUUGGUUUUUUAGAGUUGGUGAUAGACAUGAUUUUCAGACUGAUCAGUAGCAACUGGUAUUCAGUAUUGGUUAAUGGACAACAAUAUGGUUUCUUUCAGUCUUCUAGGGGAGUUAAUCUAGGAGACCCUCUAUCUCCUACUUUGUUUAUUCUGACUGCAGAAGUUCUAUCAAGGAAUCUCAAUGCCUUAAGCUUAAUCCCUCAAUUUAAAGGCUAUGGAAUGCCUAAGUGGAGUCCUAAGGUGAAUCAUUUAUCAUAUGCUGAUGAUAUGAUAAUUGUUUCAUCAGCAAAUGUGUUCUCUUUGCAUCUUAUCAUGGAAGUAUUGAAAAAAUAA